AGAUUGAUAAGGUCAGAAGCAGGUUCAUGGUGAUGAAGAAUUUCUAUGUGUAUCGUAGACAAUUCCCUCUCAUUUUAGCCUAUGCAAUUACCAUCCACAAGUGUCAGGGUCUGUCAUUAGACUGUGCCAUAGUAGACCUGUCUGAGGAGGUAUUCAGUGAUGGAAUGGCAUAUGUGGCUCUAUCCAGGGUUAGGUCACUAGAUGGUCUGUUCCUAACAGCCUUUGAUCCCCAGUCCAUCAGUGUUAGUGUGAGUUCCCUGGGGGAAGUAAACCGCCUCAGAAAAACCCAUAGACCUGAUCUUCCUCUGUAUGAUAUACCACAUGUCUCUAGAAGAAAGAGGAAGCUCACUGGUGUAGACAAAACUGUAAAAAAGGUCAAGGUCAAUCCCACAUCACCAAGGGAUAAUGAGGACUGUGUUAUUACAGAUGGACAGGCUCAUUAUCACAAUGCUCUCAACUCUCUGUGUGUUUCUUUGCGUCUGUUUCUCAGCUCAAAACUAGCCUGUGAUGAUAACCUUGCAUCAUACUUCUUUGUA